GGGUUGUGAAGUAGCGUAAAAACUGGAUUGUCACCGCGAAAGAGAGAAAAAUUCACCCCCACAAUUCACUCUACACUCGAGAAAGAUCUCCCCCCUUCCUUCUCCCGCACCCCAUCCCUCCCUCCUCAGACUCCCUCUCCCAGACACAGAGCCCGUAUUCAGAGGACCGGGAUUCGGCUGGAGACGCAACGCGCGUUUGGAUACGAGGUUUUGUGGAGAUCACCAAGUAGGGCAGUAUAGUGCGCACCGUCCCUGGCAUCUCCAUCAAUCAAUCAACCAAUCAAUCAACCGGAUAACGGAGCUGGGCUGACAGCCUCCUUCUCAUCAGCCUGCUCGAGCCGCACAGAAUUUCUUCAAAUUUGCCGCAAAAGGGUUGAUUUCAAUGGACUGAUCUACCAGUUUUGCUGUCAGUGAUGUGUUGGUAGCGUGCUCAGUGAUCUUAAUGACAACAUGAUCUCAUAUUGAUGGAAACACUUUUGUAUUUGGAGAAGAACAGGGACAGCUACUUGGAACUCUGUUAAUCUCGUGUUGAGACACUCUGAGCGAAUAGUUAUUUAAUACAGAAUAGUUGAGAUUGUCGCUGUGUGUUAUACCGGGAGUCGUGAUCAGCGGGCAUGAGACUGAGGAAAUUCGCCGCGGCUCGGAGAUCUGGGCAGGCUCGCGCUCGGGAACUACAAGGCUAGAAAUUCAACUUUUGUUUCAGACUUUAUCUUUCCAUAUGGACCGAUCGGCAUCGCUGGACAUCGAGGCGCUGAAGUCUUAACCCGAGCCUUGCUGUUUGACACCCCAAUCAUCAAAGAUGUCCAGGUCAUUGGACCUCCUCAGAUCUUCAAUGGGUUGUUACCCAGAGACUCAGCACUUUGUGGGCGCUUGAUACCAAAUGACCCAGGAGCAGUACAUCCUGGCAUCCCAGCCUAACCCCCUCCAGAGGCCGGGCUGUGCUACGGUGUACCCGGUGGGGAUUUACGGUUGGCGGAAGCGCUGUCUAUAUUUCUUCAUCCUCCUUCUCCUCGUCACCAUGAUCGUCAACCUAGCCUUGACCAUCUGGAUACUAAAGGUCAUGAACUUCACGGUGGACGGCAUGGGAAAUCUUCGUGUAACCAAAGAAGGCGUCAGAUUAGAGGGUGUGUCGGAGUUCCUUCUGCCACUUUAUGUAAAAGAGAUUAAAUCCAGAAGGGACAGUCCUCUGGUUUUACAGUCAGAUCGCAACGUAACAGUGAACGCACGAAAUAACCUUGGCCAGCUGACAGGACAGCUCACUGUGGGCUCAGAGAUGGUGGAAGCCCAGUGUCAAAGGUUCGAGGUGAGAAGUAGCGAUGGAGAGCGAGUCCUCUUUUCUGCUGAUGAAGAGGAGAUCAGUAUUGGCACAGAUAAACUGAGGGUCACAGGCAACGAGGGAGUCGUGUUUAGUCAUUCGGUGGAAACGCCACACAUUCGAGCCGAACCAUUCCAAGACCUGAAACUCGAGUCCCCGACGAGGACGUUGACACUGGAGGCCCCUAAAGGUGUGGAAGUGAACGCAGGAGUGGGGGAAUUCAAAGCUUCCUGUAGGAAAGAUCUCACUUUAGAGUCUUCAGAAGGAGAAAUCUUUCUAAAUGCAAAUUCAAUCCGUCUCGGCAAUCUUCCACAUGGGAGUGUGGACACCUUGCUUGGUCCAGGGACCACAUACCCCAAACAGACUGUGUACGAGGUGUGUGUAUGUCCCAGCGGCAAGCUCUAUCUGUCUCCUGCAGAGAGCUCCUCCACCUGCCAGACCACCAACAGUGUGUGUCUCUGGAGCUGAGAAAGGUGGGUGGGCAGUGGACCACCCAGCACCAGAAAGGCCUUCCUUCACCUUUUCUCCCCCCUCCUUUUCUUUCUCAAGUCUUUUAAUCUAUAAUCCAUAUUUUGUUUUAUCUAUCUAUCUAUCUAUCUAUCUAUCUGUCUAUCUGUCUAUCUGUCUAUCUAUCAUUACUCUGUCUAUCUAUCUAUCUAUCUAUCUAUCUAUCUAUCUAUCUAUCUAUCUAUCUAUCUAUCUAUCUAUCUAUCUAUCUAUCUGUCUGUCUGUCUGUCUGUCUGUCUGUCUGUCUGUCUGUCUGUCUGUCUGUCUGUCUGUCUGUCUGUCUGUCUGUCUGUCUGUCUGUCUGUCUGUCUGUCUAUCUAUCUGUCUGUCUAUCUGUCUAUCUAUCAUUACUCUGUCUAUCUAUCAUUAGGCUGUCUGUCAUCAUUAAAGCCCCACAUUUUGCACUUUCUUUCACUUUUUUCUCUCUCUGUCUUUCUCUCCUCUCGUCCUCUCUAUCCUUUCAAAUGGAAAUCAGGAAUCAUUGGACGUAUCUCGGCUCAGUUGACGCCGCAUCUUCCCAAUCUGUAAAUGGAGCAGAAACUCUCUUCGUUUCUAUUUUGUUUCUCUUAUUUUUAUACGGACGUCUGACUCUGUGGAGGACUGCGAGUGUGUGCCGGGAUGCCGUACUGCACCUGUAAACGAGCACACACACAGCGAACGAGUGUGUGUUUUUCUAAAGAAGAUACAAAAGGUGCCUUUGCUACUGUUAGUAAAGCACAUCACCUGCUACGCUCCCUCCACGUACAGUUAAAGAAACUGAGCGGAAGAACUCUUACCUUUGUUCACGGGUCGACUACGACGAACUUCUUUCCUCUUGGAUGUUUCUUUUUGGAAAAAAAAGCACAAGAUUAUGCCAUGUAUAUAACAACAUGAAUAAAUGAAAAUAAAAAGAGAAAGUUUAUUUUAAGAAUUUUGUAUUCAAGAAUGCUUGGUAAUGUUUCUUUUUUUAUGGUUUAGUUCUCAUGGACAUGUUUACAUGUACUAUGGUGGGUUGACUGAUGUUGAUUUUUUUAUACAAUUUCCUGUUAUCAACCAAAUUCAAAUGUUGAUUUGUGUUUAGGUUCUGACUAAAUUGAUCCUGCCAAAAGAGGUGCCGUCACCUUUUCUAAACUAUGUGGUUUUUAUUUCUUUUAUUCAAGUUGUCUUGGUUAUUCCUUUCGCAUAAUGUAGAGCAAAACUCAAUAUUGCAAGUUUAAUACUAAUAUUCAUUGAUGCAUUAUUUAUUGUUUUCUUUGUUUAGGGCAAUGGGCCAUUGCACUUGGGUAAAUUAAAAUAUGAUUUAGAUGGUCAUUUCUGCAAAAACCAUCCCACGGUGAAUGAAACGUAACUGCCAAUGUGGAAUAACCAUUCAGCGUUCUGUGUUAUACAGAGCAUUAUACAGUUAUGAGAAACAGUUCGAGACCCAUUUGAAAUGAUAUGCAUUUAUGCAAGAAUAGCUCCUAAAAGGUAAUUUCAGUAUGAUAAAUAAGUAAAUAGUGAUUAAGGACAGUUCUAUUUCACAAACAACAUGCACACAUUUAGAGGCCAUUCAUGUACAAAACUAAUUCCAAAAAGAUCAUUAACCGUAUUGCACAUCAGUAACAACAGUUAUCCAAUAACACUUCAGUUUAUAGCUGUUAUGAACCUAUGACACAUGAAACAUUGACCGAGCAUUUUAACAGCAGCUUUGUGUAGUUGAAAGGGAAAAAGUGGAUUUUGGCGACAUACAGUAACUUACUGUUAGCAUACUGUAAAUCUAAGAUACAAGUGAGCUCCAUGCAUUGUUUUUCUAGGUGACCAGCUGUCUCCUGCCAUCUAUCAUUGAAAUUCAAUACCCCCCAAAAGAUACCCAAACCCCAUACGCCCUUAUCAAUGUAUCAAAUGUGUGAAGAUACUUGUACUUGAUGAUGAAACACCAUCAUCACCAGAAAGGUGAACUUGCAGUAGUAUGAGGUGCUUAACAUCAAUAUCACUAUUUAUUUAUUUUUAUGUUUGUGUUCGGUAGGAGAGAGGUUUCUUAAACUCAAACAAAGAUAUAUUUUCUUAUAAAUUCUAUGCAAUGUGUUUGUAAGGUUGCUGUGAGGUUGGACUAUGAUUCAGUUAUAGAGGUAAAAAAUAAUGUUCUAGAUUUUCUUUUCAUUAUAACUCCAGUAUUAUUGUUAUUAUUACGCUCACAUUAAACUGUCUCGUACAAAUAAUGACUUUGAAAGUAAUUAAAAAUAAAUGUGAAAUGAUACACAAAUGCAAAUAUGUUUAUUUGGAAAAUUAAAUAUCUUUAUUUGGGAAAUGAAACCAGGCACUCUCGCUUUCUUCAUUUUUUAUGUCUUCAUGACAUGUUUCUAAUGCCUUACGUUCAGAGAGAAUUGAUGAUUUACCAUUGGAAAAUUUUUGCUACCAUUCUCUCCCUCUGUCUUUUUUUUCGUUCUGUCAAAUUUUCUAUCAAUUUUCGACUAGAAUGGGUAGAGGCAGAGAGAUGAAGUCUUUGAGGCUUUUGGAUCAAAUUUACCAUGAAAUAGAACAUCUUCAUAAUAGUAUGAGGUCAGUGCUUUGGUUAGGACACACUCUCUUCUCUGACACCUCUAGGCUCAUUUGGAAAAACAGAAUGGUCUUAAAAAGCUUAAGAACUCUGUGUGAGGAGCUAAACAUCAGAGGAGAGUGAGUGCCAAAUCUAUAUUUCUCGGAGUCAUAAAAACUUUUUAUUUGUUUGUGUGUUCGAAAUACUGGCCUAUUAUUAAAUGUGUUGAGUGCAAGAACAAAUAUGGUUUAGGGGUGUUGUUUUUAUUUUUUUAAAUGUACUCAUUUUAAGUUGUUACACUUUCCCCCUUUUAAUGUGUUUUGAAAGUAAAAUUUAAAAUGAAAUGUCAUUAAAUCUGUCUUAAA